UUACAGGACGUGAAGUGCCAGGGUUGUUUCAACAUGUGAGUUUUGAUCUUAUUUUUGUUGUGAUUUCUUUCAAUUCGUGUUUACCCCUUUUUGAUCUCUUUUGAACAAAAUAAUGUUUUCUUCACGUCCCUAUGUCACUAUGUGUCUUACCGAUGAAAAUGAAGCCGCACCAUAGCCUAAGGGAUUUCUCUCUCGAAAAAUAGGGUUUAGUGCUCAAGAUUCGUAUAUAAGGUGCUAUUUUAAAAUUCUUAAUCGUGAGCUGCAAUGGUGUUUAAUUUCAUACGUAGAAGUUUUUUACUCCAUGCGAGGCCUCAUAUCAACCACGAACUGUGCUGCUAUGGCUCCUUAUCCUCUUCCUCGUCCAAGUCGUCCCCAUUUACAACCAAAACAUCAGCUUCCUUGAAUCAACACUCAUUUACAGUAACUUACCUCAUCAAUUCAUGUGGGAUUUCUCCCGAUUCUGCAAUUCUAGUCUCCAAACAUCUAGAUCUAUCAAAAUCCCUAAACACGGCAGACUCUGUUCUGGCCUUUCUCAACAACUAUGGGUUCACCAAAUCACAAGUUUCAAAGGUGAUUUAUACGCGCCCCAAACUCCUAUUAUCCGAUCCUGAAACGACCCUUUUACCUAGUUUCCAGACUUUGAAUUCAUUAGGUCUUUCAAAUACCGAUAUUGCUGCAGUUGUAGCCGCUAGACCGAAAGGUAUUUUGGCUAAAAAGCUGCAAGAUACAGCCAUUCCAUGUUUUAACUACUUAAAAAGCGUUUUGGGGUCCGAUGAUAAAGUUAUCAGUUGCAUUAAGCGCUUCCCCCUUGCUUUAACUUACGAUUUAAAAGUCUAUGCUGCUGAAAACAUUCAACUUCUACUUGAUACAGGGGUUCCUAAACUUAGAAUAGCAUCAAUGUUAGCGCAACAACCUAGAACUUUCUUUACAUCUGCUGAUAGAUUUAAAAAGGUUGUUGGGGAUGUGAAGGAAAUGGGGUUUGACCCUUCAAAAUCAAGAUUUCUUUGGGCUAUUCAUGCUAUUAGGGCAAUGAGCAAAUCGACAUGGGAUAAGAAGAUGGAGCUUUAUAAGAAAUGGGGUUGGUCUGAAGAUGAGAUUUUUGUGGCUUUUGAGAAAUAUCCAGGGUGUAUGAUGGCUUCACCUGAUAAAAUUUCAAGAAUCUUGGAUUUUCUUGUUAACACGAUGGGGUGGGAAAGAAGCUACAUUGUUCAAUGGCCGAUAGUUAUCUGUUUUAGCUCAGAGAAGAGGAUUAUUCCUAGGUGUUUGGUUUAUCAGUAUUUAGCAGAGAAAGGAUUGAUUGAGGAGAAAGAUGGUUUUUGCUUCAACAAGUGGUUGAUGUAUUCAGAAAGCAAGUUUCUUAAAUGGCUUGUGAAGAAGUAUGAAGAGGAAGCCCCAGAACUGUUGAAAUUGUAUCAGAAGCAUUUGGAUGAGGCAAAUUGACUAAAUCAUUCAUCAAAACAGAAAUGUAGUUUGACUUUUUAGAUUGAAAUUAGAAAUUUUGUUAACUGUUUCGUACAGGUUUUAUAAUCCAAAUGAAGUUGGGGGUA